GAAACUAUACCAGAUAUUUUACAAUCUUAUUCGCUCGCAACGCAACAUGACAAAGAUUGGUAUAAGGCAUGGCAUGCUUGGGCUCUUGCUAACUUCGAAGUAAUAUCUCAUUAUGAAAAGCUUAUCGGCACAGACAAUGAUUCUCAAGAAGAACAAAAUAUUUGUGAUAUACUUGAUGAAGACACUGCAGAUAUUUACCAAGAGAUAUUGCGUUAUGUUGUUCCUUCCGUUCAAGGCUUCUUUAGAUCCAUCGCUCUCUCUAGAGGGAAUUGUUUACAAGAUACCUUGCGAUUGCUUACUUUAUGGUUUAAAUAUGGUUCUCAUGAGGAAGUUAGUAAAGCCAUUAAACAGGGAUUUGGAAGUGUUAAUAUUGAUACUUGGCUUGAAGUCAUUCCGCAGCUGAUUGCACGUAUUCAUGCACAAGAUGUUAAUGUGCGUGAGCUAAUACAUCAAUUGCUUUCCGAUGUUGGCAAAGAACAUCCACAAGCGUUAAUAUAUCCGUUAACAGUUGCUUCUAAGUCUCAGAGUGUUUUUAGACAAAUUGCAGCAUCAGCUGUGAUGGAUAAACUGCGGUCUCACAGCCCGGUUCUUGUCGAACAAAACUUGGAAGAAGCAUCAAGAUUAUACUUUAUUGAUCGCAAUUUCGAAGCUAUGUUCCAAAUUUUGGACGAAUUACAAGAACGUCUUGAUCGUGGGCCUGAAACUUUACGAGAGGUUGCGUUUGUUCAAGCAUACGGUCGAGAACUUCAGGAGGCUGGAGGAUGGUGCAAAAAAUAUAAGCAAACCGGUGAUAUGACGUUCCUAGUACAGGCAUGGCAGAUUUAUCAUGAAUUGUUCAAAAAAAUAACCGCACAAGUUGGAACAAUUACUUCGCUAGACUUCCAAUAUGUCUCCCCAAAAUUACUUGCUGCGCGUGAUUUAGAAUUGGCAGUACCAGGAACAUACAAGAGCGGAGAACCUGUGACAAAAAUUACCAGCUUUGUGCCAACAGUGAACAUUAUUACUUCGAAGCAACGGCCACGAAAAUUAAACUUAACUGGUAGUGAUGGUAAAGAAUAUCAAUUUUUAUUAAAAGGGCAUGAAGAUUUACGUCAAGAUGAACGUGUAAUGCAAUUAUUCGGUUUGGUCAACACUCUUCUCUCUAUCGACCCUGAAACUUUUAAACGUCAUUUGCAUAUUCAAAGAUAUACAGUCACCCCCCUUACACCAAAUAUUGGUCUUCUUGGAUGGGUUCCAAAUUGUGAUACACUCCAUGCUCUUAUUCGUGAUUAUCGUGAGAGCAAAAAGAUUCUGCUGAAUAUUGAACAUCGAUUGAUGUUGCAGAUGGCCCCUGAUUAUGAUCAACUAACAAUAAUCGAGAAAGUCGAAGUUUUCGAAUUUGCAUUGGCCAAUACAACAGGACAAGAUUUGUACAAAGUGCUUUGGCUUAAGAGCAAAAAUUCCGAAGCUUGGCUAGAACGAAGAACCAAUUAUACUCGGUCUUUAGCUCUUAUGUCCAUGGUGGGAUAUAUUCUUGGACUUGGUGAUAGACAUCCGUCAAAUAUUAUGCUAGAUCGUUACACGGGGAAAAUAGUUCACAUCGAUUUUGGUGACUGUUUUGAGUAUCCAGAAAAAAUUCCAUUCCGAUUGACGCGAAUGUUAACGAACGCGAUGGAAGUGAGUGGUAUUGAAGGCAAUUUCCGCACCACCUGUGAAGCAGUUAUGAACGUUUUACGGAAAAAUAAAGAAAGUCUCAUGGCAGUCCUAGAAGCUUUUGUCCAUGAUCCUCUAAUAAAUUGGAGGAUCAUGGCAAAUCCAAGUCCACGGCAAGAUGGUGAAAAUCUCAAUGCAAUGGGCACAAGUAAUCGUCGUGCGCGCGAUAUUAUAAAUCGCAUCUCAAAUAAAUUAACAGGUAAGGAUUUCAAUCCUAACCAAGAAUUGGAUAUCCCAUCACAAGUUGAAAGAUUAAUACAACAAGCAAGGUCUGUGGAAAACUUAUGUCAAUGCUAUAUUGGGUG